AAAAACUAAAAAAAUAAAUGAAAACGGCAUUCUCAUAAAACUUUUAAACUUAUGGAAUACGGACGAAGCUGUUAUUAAGAAAGUUAAAGAGCUGAAAUGGAAUAUUUCAAAACUUUUAAGGGCUAAAGAAGAAGAUUUAAUGCAAUUAUUCAUUAACAACAACCUGGGAGCUUUAAUUGAUUUAAAUUAUAAUUUGAAAAAAUUGAGAAAAUCUUACGGAUUGAUUUCUAAAAAAAACUCUACUCAUUACGAAUACAUAACUCAAAAAUUACAGGAAAUUAAGCUUUAAACGCAAAAUUAAGAUAGAAUUCAAAACAACGCUACGAAAAUGGAUGACCAAAGUGAAUUGUUGAAUACUACAAUAAUAAGAGGGUCCGAAUAUCAAUUGGCAGAACUGUCGAAUAUUGAACAAACUUUAACUAUUCAAAAUAAUUCAACGAAUCAAAACAUUUAUACUUUUUCACCACAUCAAGAAAAUUUAGAAACUUCUGAAACAGCCCGAAAUUUGAAUAAUAUGCUCUUGGAAGAAGAGUUAACAAGACCAGAAUUUGUUACAGAAACUAACAAUUUGGAAAUCGAAGGUAACGCUUUUUCCGGUAAUAGUGAAACCAAGUUAAUAGAAGCACUGAAAGAAAUUGACGAAGAAAACUGGAAAUACGUUUUACAGAGAUGCAAAGAGCUUAAUGUCGACCUUGAAAAUUUAACUAAAAUGAACAGAUUUCACAUUGAUAUUCUUGUACCCGUUACCAAUUUGGGUCGCAAUAUUUCUUUUUGCCACGGAUUUAAGAAAUGGAAAGAGAAAGCUAAUUUUACCAAUCGAAUCACCGAUAAUACUGGUCUUACUACAGCGGAAUGUAGCAGUGUUAUACAAAACCAAAAUAUUUAUGUCUUAAAAGAAAUAAUUAAGGAUAAAUUUGAUCAUAUUAACGAAAAUUACAACAAAAAUAAAUUACUUCUACCAAGUGAUAGAAACGAACUGGUCAAAAGUAUUGUUGAUUAUUUUAAGUCUAGAAAUAUUGCAAUGAACAUCAGUAUUUUCAAAAAUUUAGCGCGUCAAAUUUCAGAUUAUUUUCCCGGGGAAAGUGAAAGUUACUACUACUCGAAACAACCUGGAAAGCGGGCAAAAGGCAUACUGCUAAAUCGGUAUUCCAACUUGUCCCGCCUUAAGUGUGAAUACAAAGUCCAACAAAACAUUUUAGAACGGGAACAUGGUCAAAUGCUUGAAACCCUGGAUCAAAAACGAAAAACAUUAAACUUCGAAUUCUCAGGCGGAGAUUUUGAAAUGCAAUGGUUAAAGCACAAUAAGGGUCCAUUUGACAAAAUUCUGGACUUAUGGAAAGAGACCUUAGAAUUUAGAAAACAAUAUUUUGUAAAACAUAUUCAGAAUUCCACCGUGUGCCAAAUUUUACAUGACUGGCCAAGCUAUACAUUACCUGAUGGAUACUUGCUGAUCGACAUAGAUUUCUCAUACAAGUUUGAUAUACCAGAUGUUGACUUUUAUGAAGAAUGGAGAAAGUUUGAAACUUCAAUAUUUAAAAUUUUUGAAACGGAACUAAAAACUAAAAAUGCCAAAGAACUAUUUCAAAAAUUGUUAUUAAGAUCAGACUCAUCAACAGAUUUAAAAAAUGCAGUUAUAAUUCAAUUGAUGCAUAAUUAUUUGUUUCCAACGCAAAUGUUUAAAGAAGAAAGAUCUAGGAAGUACAAAAAAUAUUCCAUCAUAGAUUCGCAGUUAAGUGUAAUACAAAUUUUUAAGGAACCAGUACAACUCGAUUCUCUUUUUCAAUCGUCGUCGCCAAUACAACCUUUUGUCAUAAUCAUUGCUGAUGAUAUUUUCAACAUUAAGCAGAAUGUAGUUUAUUUUGACAAAAGGAAAUAUGAAUGUGGAAAUUUUUUAAAGUGUUUCAACACUUGCUUUAAAAUAUUUAAUGUAUUUAAUUUGGAGUAUCCGAAGCCCGCAAGAAACUUUUGGUACUUUUUUCAAAUUUUAUUCAAAAUUCCAACAGGAAAAAACCUGCUGCCCCCAGAAGCUCACAAUAUAAUAUCAAAACUUAAAUUAAAUAUUGAAAAAACUUAG